AUAUAAUAAAUAUCUUUUUGGACAGGAAGGGGAUGAUUCACUGCUAGUUACAGUAGUGCCUGUAAAAAGCACCAGGACACCUGGGAAGAUGAAAAUAACUUCUGAGAACACAGGAAAGGAGACAGCAGAAAUAAGAAAGAUACAGGAUGAAGAAAUGAAGCUAAAAUAUGAGGAACAAAACCAAUUCCUUAAGGAACCCAAGUGCCUUUCAUUUGUCAAGGGUCAAAAUGAAAACAGUGAAGCUCAAGAGCCUCUGUCUCCUGGUAAGCUGAAAGUCACAUUUGAAGAACUGGAAAGACAAAGACAGGAGAAUCAAAGGCGGCAAGCAGAAGAAGAAGCAAGACAACGUUUGGAAGAAGAAAAACGUGCCUUUGAAGAAGCCAGGCAGCGAAUGGCAAGUACACGUUUUCUUCGUGUUGGUACAGAAUCUGCACAUUGCUUUUACAUUCUUUCCUGUAUGUGA